GCAAACCACGGUCAAAGAUGUACCAUUCUACUCCAGACCGUGGCUUGAGACGAUGGGCUUCAUUUAACAUCGGCAUUUGCAAUACAUAUUCUGUACAAAAGAAUUUAUAAUAUAGGUUCCGUUACCGAAGCUUAAAAUAAUAUGAGAAGUUAAUAUUGGUUUUGUGCUAUUACUGGUACUUUCACUCCAAGUACGCUUCGUUUGCAGGCCCGUAAAAAGCAAUUUCAGUUUGGCAUGUUUGGGGUACAGUCAUACAUUUUCUGGUCCUGCAUUGUAGAAUUUGUUAACGGUGGGUUAACCUGCGCCACCUUUCAGAGUCUGCAGUGGACUCGUCCAAGGAUGCUUUGUCGGCGACUGUAAAAAGUCACCUGAGAUCCCUACGCAAAGGAAAGCGCGAAAUCUCUGUAUAGAAACUAUUGCUGCUGCGGAGCCUCACUCAUUGUUCAUACGCCAUAGAAUUGAAUUCGAUUUUAAACACUAAUAUCUUUGAAUAUACAGAUGUUUUCAGGAUAAGCUUCAUUUUUGUCUUUAGAAAUAUUUUUCUCUACAAAAAUAAUAUAUUUUUGUGUUUUUAAUCUGAGUAAAUCGAUGGCUAAGCAUCGUUUUAGAUAACAAAAAAAACAUUGACGUCAUGUAAUUUUUGGCGGGAGUGUAGAAUUUUAGCGGGAAAAUAUCUCGGACUUCUUUAUAUACUUUAAUGAAAAAACCCGAAAACUUCGAAAGAGGAUAACGUCAUACUUUAUUUUGGUUUUCCACGAGUACGCGAGAGAAGCCAAGAAGCCAAAAUGACAUCUUCAGAGAAAAAAAGAAAGAUGGAUGAAAAUCCGCAACAAUCAGACAAUACUGAAACCAUGGUGACAGGAUUUAUCCACUGCGUGUCCCCAGUUAAACUUUCGGCAAACGGGAGCAGAUAUUUUAAUAUGACAAUACAACGAAAGGACGAAUACACCGAUGCCGUUUCCUUCAGUGCCUCUGCACACCAACAAAUGCUAGAAAUGUCAAAAAGCAAAACACCAGUGACACUUCACAAUAUACAGAUGUCACCCAGUCUGAAAAAAAGUGGAAAAUUUGAUGUCAGAUAUAACCAUCGCUCAAAUAUGACCCCUGCAAGAAACUUGGACUUUGAGUUCCAGUUGCCAGAGCAUACAAAAUAUCGAAGCAUAAAAGAAGUAGAGGAAAACCUCAAUGCUUUCCAGAAGACUUGUGUCAAAGUAAAGAUUUUUGAAAAAGGAGAAGCAGAUAUCCAAGUCCUCAAGUCCGGAACGGAAUUACACAAGUGUAAAUUAAUUGUCUCCGAUAUUUCUGGAACCAUUCCUCUUACAAUUUGGGGAGAGGAAAUUCAGGAAAUCAAGGUUGGCGACUCGUACUCAAUUACGAAUGUGUCCGUCCGAUCUUAUGAUGGGAAAAGUUUGACUACAAGUCCUGAUACGGUUCUAGAAAAGAUUGACGACAUUGGCAAAUGCCUGUACACACCAACAGAAGAAGUGUCAAGAAAUCAGAAACAACUUAUCAUUGAUUCCGUUAGCUGUGCUAUCAGUUAUGUGUGUAUUGCAUGUCACAAGAGCAUCGGAUCAUUUAAUGCCGCAGCAACUUUUCUGAAAUGCGCCAAAUGUGGAAUGAAGCAGAAAACGGCCAACAUUCAAAACUCGAUGAAAUGUCAAAUUCUUUGUGGUAAGGAAAGAUUCACAAUCAAUGAUUCCGUUAUUAAGGCACACAGCAUACUUAAAAAUUUCACGGAAGCAGAGAAAAUUGAAAAUCAUCUCUUGUCCAAUCCAAACGUCACAGUGGAGGUAGCCACAAAUGAACCAACAGUUCUGAAAAUAAUUAACAUCGAGUGACUUCCUGUCAUUGUCCUUGCCUUACCAUCACUAAACUUGCAGUUAUCACCAUUAAAACUUUUGGAUCUUUGGAUUUACAGAAACAAUAUGACAAUUAAUUUGCCAAACAAAUUGCCAAUUCAUGAACUGAUGUCUUGUUUUAAAUAGAUGGUCUAGUAGAUUAAGUAAGAUAACUUGUACAUGGGCUAUGUACUUGUAAGAAUUGGGGCGUACAAUCUUUUCAAGUUUCAAGCUAGUUGCCUUUUUUUUCUUUUUUUUUCACUAUGUUGAAGGGGUCUGGACACAAUUUAUCGUUGCUUUCAAUUUUGAAAUAAUUAUUUUAAGAUACAUGUACUUUCAGUUUCACAAAUUGAACUUGACAUGCAUUUCUCGUAUUACAUUGAAUGAAACAUGAGUCUUUGUAAACAGGGGCCUACAUUUGUAGUUGUUUUUGUGCUUAUUAAUAAUAUAAUUAUGUUUUACCAGGUGUUUUAAAUUUACGCAAACACAAUGCUGAUGUAUUCCUUCCUUGCAUUUUCUUGCAUUUUUACUCUAUAGUAUAAGAACUCAUCCCAAUUAAAAUCCAAUAUUAAUAAUUUCCAGACACAAGAAUUUUAUAAACAUGGCUUAUAUUUAUAUUGAUACAAAAUGCUAAAGAAAAGAUUUUUUUCCAUUAUCCUUUAAUGUCCAAGCCCCUUUAAAACAGCUGAUAAUGUAUAUAAAUCUUCGUUCAUUUUUUUUUUUAUUUGAUGAAUCACAUACCCUUACUUGUGUUUUCAGGCAUUUAAAUAGUUAUACUUCAGCUACUUUUUAAUUGAAAUGACUAGUCAAGUCCUAAUCUUUUUUAUGAGAUUUUGUACGUACCUUUUAUGUUUAUUUGAUGAUUAGCACACCCUUAGUUGUGUUUUCAGGAAAAAGUGAUAUUUCCAUUGUUUUCAGUUUACAUAACUACUAAACUAGUCAUUUUGUUACUUUCUCGUAGAAGUAGUCAAGUUAAGGCCAUAAUUAGAAAUGUUUUUUCUUUAAUCAUGUUGAUGUAUUCCAAUCCACAUUUUUCAAAGUGAGUAGGUAGUUUAUUUAUUUUCUUCUUUUUUUUUCUUCACAGUAUUGACAAAUUAGUAAAAAAUCAAACUCAGAAAUUUAUUAAUUUCUUCAUUAUACACACAGACACUACAAGCAUAAAUUUAUUAACAUUUUUGCUACACAAUGGAUAACCACAUAUAUUUUAUAUAUAUUGCCCAAAACAUUAAAUUACAAGGUAUCCUAAAGGAACUAUAUACCCGGUACCUUACCUUUAAAAUUAAUCAAAUCCUAUAAAGAAACAAAAUAAAAAUUUUUUUAAAAUUCAAAGCACCAUAAACAAUGAUUGGGGCAAUUUUGAUAGGUCGAUUGGAGUACAUCAAACAUGAUAAUUUAUUUUUGGUCUUAAUAUUUACUUUUUCUUAUUACUAAGAUAUAGUCAUUUUCAAUCAAACUUUUAAAUACGUAUAGUAGAAUUGUUUUUGUUGAUAUGUUUAAGUCAUGUUGCUGCUGCAUUUCUCCAAGUACUUUUUGUAAAAAAAAAAAAAAAAAAAAAAAAAAAAAUUAAAAUAUGCUAUUUUAUGCUCUAACAUUAUUCCAUUAGUUUUAUUGGCUAAAAAUAAAUGUCAACUUCAACUUUCAUCAAAACAUUUUGAACAGUCAGAGUGCUAUGGUGUUUUUUUUUUUUACUCCUUUGUGCAACUUUUGUCUAAUUUUAUUACAAAUUCAAUGCUAAGUCAAAUGUAUGUCUUCUUUUUCUUGUGCUUAAAAUUUCAUAUUUCUCUGUAAACAUGGUAAACCAUUUAAUAAAAUAUUUAAUUUAAA